UUAUAUUUAUUCAAUUUUUCUCAUGCCUGACUGGCUAGAUACAGUGCAGCCAAAAUGGAUUUAACAUGCCUCUUUCCUAAUCUGUGCAAAGUGGAACGUAAGGAGCCUCGUAUCCGCAGCGGACAUGCCAGAUACCCUCAUCCCUUCCGAGCGGCCAAAGGACAAGACUCGCACCGCAGAAUUCCUAAUCUUCCCCUUUUCCACCCAACACAACUAGUGAACUGUGGACAGCUAUUAUAAAAUGGCAGUCAAACUACACUGAAAAGAGAGGGUAGGAAAGUAGUAGUAGUUCCUGGAGAUAAGAAUAAACCAACCAUGACGAGAAAGCCAAGCAGGCAGCAGACUGGCACAGCAACUCAAGAUCUCACCCGCUGUGUACAAAAACCAAGCUGGAGCCUGAAACAAGAUCCAGGCUCCAGCAAAAUGGACUAUUUCCAAGUAUUUGAAAAGCUUCAGACAGCUGUGGUGAGGAAGAAAACUCUCACAGUCUGUGAUAAGACAGACAGAGACAGACACGAAAACAAGUUCUCUUGUAAAACAGAAAAGGAAUUGAGUCUUUGACAAAGCCCGGAGAGUGCGAAUGGUCCUGGCUGGGCAGGCUGCCUCUGCUAAACCAUGUUUGAAGACAGUCCUUCUUCAAGGUCUUUGACAGGACUUACCCACCCAGAAGACUCCCAAGAAGCUAACACAGUUGAGAGUCAUCUUUUGGGGGUGCAGGAAAACAUGGGACAUAUCCCAGCGGAGAACAGCAACAGCUUCCCUUCCUCCAGCGACUUGCCAGCAAAUCCAGCUUCGCUGCAGAACCACCUGGCGAAUCUAAAGACGAUGAUGUCCAGGCAGAAGGCAGAGUACGAAUCUAAAAUUGCAAGCCUGGAGCAGAGGAACAGAGCACUGCAGCUUGAGAUUAAGGAUAUGCACUCAAAACUGGGACAGCAGCAAAGGAGAGAGUGAGCAGGUUAAGAGCAGGUACGAGUGAAUCAGAAAAUGCCAUCUUACCCCACAAGGUUCAUGGAAUGAAGCAGCUCUGUCCAUUCACUGCCCGAAGGUCAUCAUGGAGCCCUGAAGACCCUCGCGCACCAACUCGUGCUGGCUAACUGGUUCUGUGCAUUCUCUAGUUUCCAAAAGUGCAUCACUGAACCAUAACUGCUUUGUCUUCUUACCUUUACAUGAAGCAGUUUUUGAAUUUGAACUCCAAGUUCUUUUCCUCAUUUCUUUUUUCCACUCUUCCCUUCACUUUGCAUCUUUUGAGACCUCAUUACUAUGAAAACACUCUGCUUCUCCUUAAGUUUCACUUUCCUCAAGUUAUUUGGAUCUUAUUCUGAACUCUUUCCCUUCUUACCUUUCUAAACCUGCUCUGCCAACAUCAAGAGAUUGCAUUAAAUAUAAAGAAAAGGUAUACCAUAAAAAAAGGAAUGCACUUUGGUAUGCUUUGUAAAGCACUUUGUUGCAUAUAAUUAGUAAAGCUGCUUUAUUUUC